UCCGGGCCAAAGUCUUGGGGGUGUUUCGGGCUUCAGUGCACACUUUCCAUCUUAACACACCCGCCAAACCAUUCCGAUGUUCCAGGACCCCGCAUCUGACUGAAUUUCUCUCUAAAAAUGGUUGUUGGCAGGGGCUGCUUCGCAUGGGCCCUUCUGGUGCUGCUUGGUGGAGCCAUUGCUGCAGAUCCUCCGUUUCCGACGCUUUCAGAACUGGAGCAGCUGAUGUACGAGACAAAAGUGCAAGUGACUGACGUUAAACAGCAAUCUUCUGCUCUGGCCACAGAGUACUUUGAUGAAGACCGUCAACGACUGGAAAUACUGUCCCUCGGACAAAGAAGUUCUGUUUUCAACUAUUUGGAAACUAAUGAAAUCUUAGAAGUUACUGAGAGUUCCUGUGCUGCCUGGCUGUCAGAUGAGUCAAUAUUCGAUUAUAACGAAGUGUUCUACGGGUGGUUGAAUAAGCAACCACUGAGGAUCGGACCGGUUGCUGCCCUCUGGUAUGCCGAAAACUUCACAGACAAAAUUGAGUACAAGGGCCAGGAGCCUGUGCGAGGUAUAAAGUGCGACGUGUACACCUUGCCCAUCAAAGAUGACAAGAACGACAUGACCCUCACUUACUACUUUGCUGUUACCGGUUGGACUCCGCCUUAUAAAGACGCAAAAACCAGAACUCCUGUACAAAUUCAUGCUUUUGGGAAGUCGUCGAAGGACUCUGAGAAGCCAGAUCAGAUGGAGCCUAUAGAUGUCAUAACAGAUUUCGUAUACUUCAAGCUCAGCAUCUCAGACUGGUCCGUUUUCCAGCCUCCCCUGGGUCUUGGUUGUCCCCUCCGAAAAGCGACCCUCACAAUGCCAAGCAUCAAAGAUUCUUUUAGGUACUCUGCCGAAGUUUACGACAUCGUCAAGAACAGCAAGAUGGCUGACAGAGACAUCGAGUUCCAGCAGGUCUGGUACAACUCUUUCAGAAAAAUGGCGAGAUUGGAUAGUUACACAAAAGCAGGAUAUAAAUCUGAGUUAUACGAUUUUAACACAGGAGUGACAUACAGCAGUCGCAACUGGGACACGUGUGUCAUCCAACCUUUGAGAGAUUCUAUGUUCGAAAGCUACGAUGGUAAAAUUAUGGGACAUCUCAAAGAGCCUGAAGAGGUAAUUGGCCUAGAAGGAACAUUCUACAGUAUGGGACAGAGGAUGAUAAGGGGCAUCUUAUGCGACGUAUUCGAGAGUGCCAGACCAGAUGUCACAUUCAUGGGGAAACAAAUGAAAAGAUUAGUGACCACCAUUUUCUUCACUCAGGAAUACUUGGAAGUAAAUACCGGAGGCGAGACACAGAAACAGGUUCCAAUGUACUACAUGAUCACAGGAUGGAACGAGACAAGUAUAGUUUAUCAAGUGCAGUACAACGUGUUCGGCUUCAACGACAUCACCUGGCCCCAAAUUUACCAGACCUUCCGUCUCGGAAGGUGCUUCCCGUCUGUCAACGACAAAACCUACUUCGUCAUGCAAUUCAUGGUGUCUGAGGAGUUGGCCCGCAUCAUGGAAUCACAGGACGCUGCCAUCCAGGUGGAAGUCAAGGAUCAGAUCAUCAAACACACCGGUAUCUCGGAGAUCAGGAUUCCCUUUAUAAGGGUGGACUACAAAUCAACUGGCGUCUUCGUUACAGGUUUAAUUCUGGACAGGCCGCCUGCACUCUUGCAAUUUUGGUUUGAACUUGAAUGGGAUGCUACAACUCACGACCCAGACGUAAAGCAGAUACUGACUGCCUCCAAUAAGGAAAUGUGUGCUUAUGCAUGUGUUGACGAAGACACCUUCACCUGCUCAGGUUUCUUCUACUGCCAAAAUGGCUGCUUUCUUAAGUCCAAAGACCUCCUGGAACCAGAUGGUGCUGAUCCAGAGAAACCCGUCGGCACCAAAUGCCAAGAAUACAUCAGGGCUGAAAGGAACUCGAAUAACAAGGAGCAGUACUUAGGCGAGGCUCUUCUGAAACUGGAAGAAGCUGUUAGCAAGAAAACGUUUGGAGUAACAGUCGUCAUUGACGAAGCUCUCAAAGAAACAAAGAACGUGAAAGCGGAUGACAUCGAGUAUGGAAAUGGACCAAACGAAGGUGGCGACGAGAAAGAAGGUCCCUACAACGUGGUGAUCGACUUUGCGAAGCUGAAUGAGAAAGACCCCACCGUCGAUGAGCUUCCAUCGGCAAACACGCUGAACGAGUGCUAUUUGAGCUGCAAAAACAGCAAGGGUCUAGACUGCGCAUCCUUCUCCUACUGUCCCGACGGAGGAGACAAACAGUGCCGCAUCAGCUCGACCAUGAUCUCCACCGACGAGGACCAGAACAAGCUUGCUGUUCAGGACAAAAACUGCUACAUUUACAUCCUGAAGUUCAUGAGCUACUACAACGAGUAUCCUGGAAAAGUGAUAACGCAUGAGAGAGAUGCCACCUACGAUGUGAAGAACGUGGAUGAGUGUGCCAAGAAAUGUCGCUUAGAGACCAAGUUCAUCUGCAGGGGAUUCGAGUACUGCAAAGGACAAAAGACUUGCGACCUCCAUUCCAAGCAUAUCCUUGAUAUCAAAGAUUCAGAAAUCGGAAGCGUGAAAGACAAGGCCUGCUCGCACUACUCCGCAAGAUACGCAGCUGAUUUCAAGAACAUGGGUCACACGUUGCUAGACGAUGAUAAUGAUAAACGGGUGGAGAUCACCCUUGAAGAGUGCGCCCGAGCAUGCUCUGAAGAGCGCAUCAAAAACUGCAAGUCUUUCAACUACUGCCCCCCGUCUCACCCCCUGGGCACAGACAGCAGCUGCACUUUCAGCACGGGCACUAUCACCGACAAAGGUGCCAAGACAAGAGUAGAUGCAAAAUGUCGACAUUAUGAAAAGAAUAAAAACAUUGAAGACUACGGAACCCCUGAACAGAUGCCAGUAAAAAAGUCUGGAUACACUAAAAAGGGCUUCACCGGUAUGGUGGUAGGCAUGCUGUUCCUAGGCCUGUUCCUAGGAGGUCUUGGCUUCGUAGGAUACUCCUACUUCCGUUCAAGACACACGGAUUCCGGCAUGACAGUUCGAUUCAUGAAGCAGGAGACGUAGUUCAUGCUCUAUCUCUCAAAGACAUUACUUUUGCGUCUGCUCCCUUCCAAAGGACAGACUUAUUUUGGUUCGAAGUCAGCAUGUACUGUCUGUGAUUGUGUGUUUGAAUGCUGACAUGUGCUCAAGAAAACUUCAUGUAAUGUUAUUAUCAUAAUCAGCUAGCAACAAACUAUUAAUAGAUCAUAUGUAGUCACAAAUAAAUCUCCAUUAUGAA